UUCUUGCUCAAGUCACUCCAAGCCAUUCACUUCACAAACCACAGUCUCUCUCUAGCUUCUCUCUUCAGAACAUGGCUUCCUCUGUUUCUUCUUCUUCAAGAAUGCUUCUGCUUCCUCUGUUUCUUCUUCUGACUUUUCAUACUGCUUUUGGUAACUUCAACCGAGACUUCCAGAUUACAUGGGGAGAUAGUCGUGCAAAGAUACUCAACAAUGGAAAUCUUCUCACUCUGUCCCUUGACAAAGCCUCUGGCUCUGGUUUCCAGUCCACAAAUGAGUACUUGUUUGGCAAGAUUGAUAUGCAGCUCAAGCUCGUCCCUGGUAACUCUGCUGGCACUGUCACUGCCUAUUAUCUAUCUUCUAAAGGAUCAACCUGGGACGAGAUUGACUUUGAAUUCCUAGGAAACCUAAGUGGAGACCCUUAUAUCCUUCACACCAAUGUGUUUAGCCAAGGCAAGGGUAACAGAGAGCAACAAUUCUAUCUCUGUUUUGACCCAACUGCUGAUUUUCACACCUAUUCUGUCCUCUGGAAUCCCCGACACAUUGUCUUCUCUGUGGAUGGCACCCCAAUCAGAGUGUUCAAGAAUUUGGAAUCGUUUGGUGUUCCGUUUCCAAAGAAGCAGCCAAUGAGGAUAUACUCGAGUCUCUGGAAUGCAGAUGACUGGGCAACAAGAGGAGGACUAGUAAAGACGGAUUGGUCCAAAGCUCCUUUCACUGCUUCUUACAGAAACUUCAAUGCUAAGAAUGCUUGUGUGUGGUCCAAUGGAAGAUCUUCUUGCUCCACAAGUUCCACUUCUUCUCCGUCUUCCUCAAAUGCAUGGCUGUCUCAAGAGUUGGAUUCAACUAGCCAGCAGAGGCUUCGUUGGGUGCAGAAGAACUACAUGAUUUACAAUUACUGUGCUGAUAAGAAGAGAUUCCCACAAGGUUUCCCACGGGAAUGCACUCGCUCAUAGACAAACAUUUCAUUCUCGGCCUAGCCUCCAACUCAAGUUUUCUUUUUUCUUGUUUUUACUUUUUUUUUUGAACUAGUUUAGUUUCGACGUGCACCGUAGUUCUUAGUUCUUACUAUUCUUUUAUACUACUUGUAUAUUUUCUGUGUGCUGCUUGUUCUUCACAAUAUGUAAAAAUAUAUAAUAAGAGUGGAGUUUUUUCCUAUGUUGUGAAAUCCUA